UUCACCAAAUAAUGGUUACUCGGUCCUCCCUGGCCUAUAUAUAAUUCAUGCAACCCAUAGUUAAGUCUCACACUUCUUUCCUUACUUUGCCUUAGUUGACUGCAAAUAUGGAACUUCAACACCUUGUCAUUUUCAUCUCAGUUCUAUCUCUUGCACUAUCAGGAGAAAGCCAUGCAUCAGUGGUUCCUGAAGAAGAAUAUUGGGAAGCUGUUUGGCCUAACACUCCCAUUCCCAAUUCUCUCCGAGAACUUCUAAAACCCGGCCCACAGGGGGUUGAUAUUACUGACCUUCCUAUGGCGGUUGACGAUACCCAAUAUCCAAAGACUUUUUUCUAUGAACAUGAACUUUAUCCAGGAAAAACAAUGAACGUACAGUUCAGUAAAGUUCCCUUUGCACAACCUUUUGGUGUUUAUACAUGGAUGCGUGAAAUUAAAGACAUUGAAAAAGAAGGAUAUACUUUUAAUGAUGUAUGUGUAAAGAAAGAAGCAGCCAAAGGAGAACAAAAGUUUUGUGCAAAAUCCUUAAAAACAUUAAUUGGAUUUGUAAUUUCAAAACUUGGGAAAAACAUUCAACCACUAUCAAGUUCCUUCAUAGGCAAGCAAGAACAAUACACAAUUGAGUCGGUACAAAACCUUGGAGAGAAAGCAGUGAUGUGCCAUAGAUUGAAUUUCCAAAAGGUUGUGUUUUAUUGUCAUGAAAUUCAUGGAACUACAGCUUUUAUGGUUCCUUUGGUUGCUAAUGAUGGAACCAAAACUCAGGCACUAGCUGUUUGCCAUACUGAUACUUCAGGCAUGAAUCAUGAAAUGCUUCAUCAGAUUAUGAGAGAGGAUCCUGGAAGUAAGCCUGUGUGUCAUUUCCUUGGAAAUAAGGCUACUUUGUGGAUUCCUAAUUUAGUUGUGGACUAUGGCUAUGGUGCUAAUGAUGUUGUUUAGUACUCUUCAUCAUGGACACACUAUGGGAUUAUGUAACAUAAAUAAUUUGUGUUCUGAAAUGUAUGUAAUGCUCGUACCUUUUCUAGCUAUAGCUAUAGAAUUGGACUUGAGCUAAGUUUGUGUACUUGUACUGUGUUUUAUCCUAAAGGGGUAUGUUAUUUAUGUACUUUGAUCAUGUUAUAAUGUAAUGAAAAAUGAAGUGUGCCUCAUUGUA